UCAGCAGCAGCACAGUUUGUUUUCUGCCUGCGCGCAUAACGGUUGUUCUUGCCGACUACGUCGCAUCGUCGUCGUCAUUUUCGUCGUCGCUCGUCGUUCGUCGCUUUCGGUUGCUCCACUGCUGCUGCUUCUGUGUUUUGAAACACCAGACCGGAGUAGGAAGAAGUCUAACGAAGCAAAUGGUUAAUAAAAGAAACAACAUUAAAAGCAGGCGCAAGAGAAAGUCAACAUGAAUUAAGAAAAACGCAAGAAAAUUCAAAAACAAUUUAACUUUAAUCAAACAAAACAAAAAAAAAACAAAAAAAAAAGCCAGAAGCAGCCAAAAAGAAUCAACGAUAUCGAAGAAAAGCAGCCGAAAGAGAGAGAGCCAAAAAUGAUGAGAGACCAGCGGCGAUCUUUAGCGUCGUCGCUGCGUCGCAGUCGUCGUCAGCGCGUUGACGUCAACGAAGCAGGAACACGAAUGUGGCUCAAAAUAUCGCUGUCGCAGUCGCUGGUAACGUCGCUGCUUUUGCUGGCAGCGCUGCUGCUGCUCAACGCGGACAGCUGCUCAUGUUACGCGGAUGCCAAUCCGCAGCAGCAACAGCAGCUGGUCCAGCAGCAGCAACAACUCCAGGCGCCACGUUUCACCACGCACCCAUCGUCAUCGGGCUCGAUUGUGAGCGAAGGCAGCACCAAGAUCCUACAGUGCCAUGCUUUGGGCUACCCACAGCCCACAUAUCGCUGGCUGAAGGACGGCAAGCCCGUGGGCGAUUUUUCAUCGAGCCAGUUCUAUCGGUUCCACAGCACACGGCGCGAGGAUGCGGGCAGCUAUCAGUGCAUUGCCAAGAACGACGCCGGAUCCAUAUUCAGCGAGAAGAGCGACGUUGUAGUGGCCUACAUGGGUAUCUUUGAGAACGUCACCGAGGGCCGGCUAACAGUCGUGAGCGGACAUCCGGCCAUCUUCGACAUGCCGGCCAUUGAGUCGGUGCCCACGCCAUCGGUUCUGUGGCAGUCGGCGGACGGGUCCCUCAACUACGACAUCAAGUACGCCUUCACCCAGUCGAACCAGCUGAUUAUCCUGAGCGUGGACGAGAACGACCGGAAGGGCUACCGAGCGCGGGCGAUCAACACGCAGCUGGGCAAGGAGGAGAUCAGCGCGUUCGUGCACCUCAACGUCAGUGGUGACCCCUACAUCGAGGUGGCGCCCGAGAUUAUUGUUCGGCCGCAGGAUGUCAAGGUCAAGACCGGCACCGGCGUCCUCGAGCUGCAGUGCAUCGCCAACGCCCGACCCCUGCACGAGCUGGAGACGAUUUGGCUGAAGGACGGUCUGGCCGUGGACACGGCCGGGGUCCGGCACACCCUCAACGAUCCCUGGAACCGCACCCUGGCCCUCCUGCAGGCCAACAGCUCCCACUCCGGCGAGUACACCUGCCAGGUGCGUCUGCGCAGCGGCGGCUAUCCAACGGUCAGCGCCUCGGCCCGCGUCCAAAUCCUCGAGCCCCCGGUCUUCUUCACGCCCAUGCGAGCGGAAACCUUUGGCGAAUUUGGCGGCCAGGUGCAGCUGCCCUGCGAUGUGGUGGGAGAGCCGACGCCCCAAGUUGAGUGGUUCCGGAAUGCAGAGUCCGUCGAGGCGAAUGUACAAAGCGGAAGAUACUCUCUGGGAGAGGACAAUACGCUGAUAAUUAAGAAACUAAUCCUGGACGAUGCGGCCAUGUUUCAGUGCCUGGCCAGAAACGAGGCCGGCGAGAACUCCGCCAGCACCUGGCUGCGCGUGAAAACAGAAGCAGCCAACAGCCGCAUCAAGCGCUUGGCCCAGCCACGAAUCCUAAGAGUAAGAGCUUCGCAUGGUGGUUCGGGAUCGGUCGCGGGAUCGGGAUCGGUAUCGGGAUCAGGACCUGGUUCCUCCACCAACUCCCAUCAGCUGGGUAGACGCAAGCAGUUUCGCUUUGCCUCAGCGCCCGUAUUUGAGCAGCCGCCCCAGAACGUGACCGCCCUGGAUGGGAAGGAUGCAACGAUCUCAUGCCGGGCCAUUGGCUCGCCCAAUCCCAACGUCACCUGGAUCUAUAAUGAAACCCAACUGGUUGAGAUAUCCAGUCGCGUUCAGAUACUCGAAUCGGGUGAUUUACUUAUUUCGAAUAUCCGGCCCUCGGACGCGGGCCUCUACAUCUGUGUGCGGGCCAACGAGGCGGGCAGCGUCAAGGGCGAGGCCUUACUGAGCGUGUUAGUGCGGACACAAAUCAUACAGCCGCCAGUGGACACCAUCGUGCUCCUGGGCCUGACCGCGACACUGCAGUGCAAGGUGUCCAGCGACCCGAGCGUGCCGUACAACAUCGACUGGUACCGAGAGGGCCAAAUGGCGCCCAUCAGCAACUCGCAGCGGAUCGGAGUGCAGGCGGACGGGCAGCUGGAGAUCCAGGCGGUGCGGGCCAGCGACGUGGGCAGCUAUUCGUGCGUGGUUACAUCGCCGGGCGGCAACGAGACACGGGCGGCCCGGCUCAGUGUCAUCGAGCUGCCCUUCCCGCCCAGCAACGUGAGGGUGGAACGUCUGCCGGAGCCGCAGCAGCGCAGCAUCAAUGUGUCCUGGACGCCCGGAUUCGAUGGCAACAGUCCAAUCUCCAAAUUUAUUAUCCAGCGACGUGAGGUCUCCGAAUUGGAAAAAUUCGUAGGUCCAGUUCCAGAUCCCCUUCUCAAUUGGAUCACCGAACUGAGCAACGUCUCGGCCAACCAGCGCUGGAUACUGCUGGAGAACCUCAAGGCGGCCACCGUCUAUCAGUUCCGCGUCAGUGCCAUCAAUCGCGUCGGCGAGGGCUCCCCCUCGGAGCCCAGCAACGUCGUUGAGCUGCCCCAAGAAGCUCCGUCGGGCCCGCCUGUAGGCUUUGUGGGCUCCGCACGGUCCAUGUCUGAGAUCAUCACACAGUGGCAGCCGCCGCAGGAGGAGCACCGAAACGGACAGAUCCUGGGCUACAUUCUGCGCUACCGGCUCUUUGGGUACAACAACGUGCCCUGGUCCUACCAGAAUAUCACCAACGAGGCGCAACGUAACUUCCUCAUCCAAGAGCUGAUCACGUGGAAGGACUAUAUCGUCCAGAUUGCCGCCUUCAACAACAUGGGCGUGGGCGUCUACACCGAAGGGGCCAAGAUCAAGACCAAGGAGGGUGUGCCCGAGGCACCGCCCACCAACGUCCAGGUGAAGGCCAUCAACUCGACGGCGGCACAGAUCACGUGGAAGCCACCGAACCCCCAGCAGAUCAACGGAAUCAACCAGGGCUACAAGAUCCAGGCGUGGCAGCGACGGCACGUCGAUGGAGAGGAGCGCGACAUAGAGCGACGCAUGAUGACGGUACCGCCCAGCCUGAUCGAUCCCCUGGCCGAACAGUCGACGGUUCUCGGCGGGCUGGACAAGUUCGCCAAGUUCAAUGUGACCGUCCUCUGCUUCACCGAUCCCGGCGACGGUGUGGCCAGCCAAAUGAUGCCGGUGGAGACCCUGGACGAUGUGCCCGAUGAGAUAACGGCCCUGCACUUUGACGAUGUCUCCGAUCGGUCCGUCAAGGUGCUCUGGGCACCGCCGCGCUUCGCCAACGGCGUACUCACCGGCUACACGGUACGCUACCAGGUCAAGGAUCGUCGAGAGACCAUGAAGUCCUUCAACCUGACUGCCGAUGACAACGAGCUGACGGUGAACCAACUGCAGGCGACGACCCACUACUGGUUCGAGGUCUGCGCUUGGACGCGGGUGGGCAGCGGACCGCCCAAAACGGCCACGAUCCAGUCGGGGGUGGAGCCAGUGUUGCCGCAUGCGCCCACCACCCUGGCCCUGUCCAACAUCGAGGCGUUCUCGGUGGUGCUGCAGUUUACGCCCGGUUUUGACGGCAACUCGAGCAUCACCAAGUGGAAGGUGGAGGCGCAGACCGCGCGCAACAUGACCUGGUUUACCAUCUGCGAGAUCAGCGAUCCCGAUGCGGAGACCCUCACCGUGACCGGCCUGAUGCCCUUCACCCAGUACCGCCUGCGGCUGAGCGCCACCAAUGUGGUGGGCAGCUCUCGGCCCUCGGACCCCACCAAGGACUUUCAGACGAUCCAGGCCAAGCCGAUGCAUGCCCCCUUCAAUGUCACCGUCCGCGCGAUGAGCGCCCUGCAGCUGCGCGUACGCUGGAUACCCCUGCAGCAGAUGGAGUGGUUCGGCAAUCCGCGCGGCUACAACGUCACCUACCGCCAAAUGGAGCGCACGGGAAAGCCCUCCAAGCACCCACCACGCUCUGUGAUGAUCGAGGAUCACACGGCCAACUCGCAUGUGCUGGAAGGCCUCGAGGAGUGGACCCUCUACGAGGUGAUCAUGAACGCCUGUAAUGACGUGGGCUGCUCCCUGGACAGUGGCCUGGCCAUGGAGCGCACCAGGGAAGCCGUACCCAGCUACGGCCCGCUGCAUGUGGAGGCCAACGCCACCUCCUCCACGACGGUGGUGGUGCGUUGGGGCGAAAUACCGCCCCACCAUCGCAAUGGCCAGAUCGACGGGUACAAGGUGUACUACGCGGCCACCGAGCGCGGCAUGCAGGUGUUGUACAAGACGAUACCCAACAACAGUUCUUUCACCACCACCCUAACAGAGUUGCAGAAAUUUGUGGUGUACCACGUCCAGGUGCUGGCGUACACGAGGCUCGGCAACGGAGCCCUCAGCACGCCUCCCAUUAGAGUGCAGACGUUCGAGGACACCCCCGGAUCCCCGUCCAACGUGAGCUUCCCGGAUGUGACCUUUUCGAUGGCACGCAUCAUCUGGGACGUGCCCAUGGACCCCAACGGCGAGAUCCUGGCCUACCAGGUCACCUACACUCUCAACGGAAGUGCCAAUCUUAACUACAGCCGCGAGUUCCCGCCCUCGGACCGCACGUUCCGGGCCACCGGUCUGAUGCCUGAGCGCUACUACAGCUUCAGCGUCACGGCCCAGACACGCCUCGGAUGGGGGAAGACGGCCUCGGUGCUGGUGUACACCACCAACAACAGGGACCGUCCGCAGGCACCGUCCGGGCCGCAGGUGUCGCGCAGCCAGAUCCAGGCCCAUCAGAUCACCUUCAACUGGACACCGGGCCGCGACGGGUUUGCCCCGCUGCGAUACUACACGGUGGAGAUGCGGGAGAACGAGGGCCGCUGGCAGCCGCUGCCCGAGCGCGUCGAUCCCACCCUGAGCUCGUACACGGCCCUUGGUCUGCGUCCGUACACCACCUACCAGUUCCGCAUUCAGGCCACCAACGAUCUGGGACCAUCGGCGUUCAGCCGAGAGAGCAUUGUGGUGCGCACCCUGCCCGCCGCCCCUGCGGUGGGUGUGGGCGGACUCAAGGUGGUGCCCAUCACGACCACCUCGGUGAGAGUGCAGUGGGGGGCUCUGGAGACGGGCAUGUGGAACGGAGAUGCGGCCACCGGGGGCUACCGGAUACUGUACCAGCAGCUGUCCGACUUCGCCCCGGCACUGCAGUCGACCCCAAAGACCGACGUUAUGGGCAUUAAUGAAAACAGCGUGGUGCUAUCUGAUCUGCAGCAGGAUCGCAACUACGAGAUCGUGGUGCUGCCAUUCAAUUCGCAAGGCCCGGGCCCGGCCACGCCACCAACCGCAGUGUACGUGGGCGAGGCGGUGCCUACUGGGGAGCCGCGAGGUGUGGAUGCAACGGCCAUAUCCAGCACGGAGGUGCGUCUGCGGUGGAAGCCACCGAAGCAGAGCAGCCAGAAUGGAGAGAUUCUGGGCUACAAGAUAUUCUAUUUGGUCACUUGGUCGCCGCAGGCCCUCGAGCCGGGCCGCAAAUUCGAGGAGGAGAUCGAGGUGGUCUCGGCCACCGCCACAUCGCACAGCCUGGUCUUCCUGGACAAGUUCACCGAGUACCGCAUCCAGUUGCUGGCCUUCAAUCCGGCCGGAGACGGGCCGAGGUCCGCUCCCGUCACGGUCAAGACGAUGCCGGGCGUGCCCAGUGCCCCGCUCAAUCUGCGCUUUUCGGACAUCACAAUGCAGAGUCUGGAGGUGAGCUGGGACCCGCCCAAGCUCCUAAAUGGCGAGAUUGUUGGCUAUCUGGUCACCUACGAGACCACCGAGGAGAAUGAAAAGUUCAGCAAGCAGGUGAAGCAGAAGGUGUCCAACACCACGCUCCGUGUGCAGAAUCUUGAGGAGGAGGUCACCUAUACCUUCACUGUACGCGCCCAGACGAAUGACUAUGGACCGGCGGUGAGCGCGAAUGUGACCACUGGCCCCCAGGACGGCUCCCCGGUGGCCCCACGCGAUCUCACUCUCACGAAGACCCUGUCCAGCGUCGAGAUCCACUGGGUCAAUGGACCCUCGGGACGCGGCCCCAUCCUGGGCUAUCUCAUCGAGGCCAAGAAGCGGGAAAAUGGAGAGCCCUCAUUUAUUUCUAAUAGAACUCCCUAUCUUCGCUUAGACGACUCCCGCUGGACUAAGAUUGAGCAGUCCAGAAAGGGAACCAUGAAGGAGUUUACCGUCAGCUACCACAUCCUGAUGCCAUCGACGGCGUAUUUGUUCCGGGUAAUUGCUUACAAUAAGUAUGGAAUAUCGUUCCCUGUUUACUCGAAGGAUUCGAUACUGACGCCCUCGAAGCUGCAUCUGGAAUACGGCUAUCUGCAGCACAAACCCUUCUACAGGCAGACCUGGUUCAUGGUCUCUCUGGCGGCCACCUCGAUCGUCAUCAUUGUCAUGGUCAUUGCUGUGCUCUGUGUGAAGAGCAAGAGCUACAAGUACAAGCAGGAGGCGCAAAAGACGCUGGAGGAGUCCAUGGCCAUGUCAAUUGAUGAACGCCAGGAGCUGGCUUUAGAGCUGUAUCGUUCGCGUCACGGAGUCGGCACCGGCACCCUGAACAGCGUUGGAACUUUGCGCAGCGGAACCCUGGGAACCCUCGGACGUAAGUCUACCAACCGACACCAGCCUGUGAGUGUGCAUUUGGGUAAGAGUCCACCACGACCUUCGCCCGCAUCGGUGGCGUACCACAGCGAUGAGGAGAGCCUGAAGUGCUACGACGAGAAUCCCGACGACAGCAGUGUUACGGAAAAGCCAUCCGAGGUGAGCAGCUCGGAGGCAUCCCAGCACUCUGAGAGCGAGAAUGAGAGCGUAAGGAGCGAUCCGCACUCGUUCGUCAAUCACUAUGCGAAUGUGAAUGACUCGCUGCGGCAGUCCUGGAAGAAGACCAAGCCGGUGCGCAACUACUCGAGCUACACAGACUCCGAGCCGGAGGGCAGUGCAGUGAUGAGCCUCAAUGGUGGCCAGAUUAUUGUCAAUAAUAUGGCCAGAUCGAGGGCACCACUGCCCGGCUUCUCGUCAUUUGUCUGACAAUCAACCGAAUUCUAAGAUCUAUGCCGUGGUAGCAGCAGCACCGUCAUCCGGGAGACUUUUGUCUGAGUUGGAAACGAUAACGGAAAAUGGAAAACGGAGGCUGAAGCCGACCCGGAGCUGGCGUUGCAGUGGGAGCGUUCUAAGGAGUUGGACACGGAGCUGUGGACGAUGUUGCGAGCGGGCUAAUCACACAACAAAAAAUACAAAAUCGGACACUGCCCCCUGGCCCUGCCUGUAGCUGCUGCUUGGCUCUGAGACUCCCGCUGGUCUUUUCGUUUUCCGGCGAGGCGCUGCUACAUGGAUAGCUAUAGUUAUCUAUCUGUAUGUCCUUAGUUUUAGUUAUUAGUUACGAGAGAUCUGAGAUUUACCAGCAUUUAGUUUUAAAGUUUUUAAGUGUGUGUUCGUUCGUUCCCCAUGCAUCCCCUCAAGCAUGACUCUACUCUACGCUCUUUAAGUUAUUAUUUUUUUGGUAGUAGUAUUUUUUUUUAGUAUUUAUUCUGUUUGUGUGUCCGUUGCCACGUUGUCCCCUGGCACUAGCCACCGCAACUCUUGGCAUUUAUCGAAGGCGCAGGUCCUGUGAUAAAGCGACUCUCGCCCGAUCCAAUUUUAUAAAUGAUUUUCACGUGUGUUCAGCGCGUGGCACGGCACCUGUGUGGCUGAUGAAUGGUUCAGCAUGAAUGAUCUGCUCGUUUGCGCAAUCUCAUUAUGUUUAAACGAAAAUCGACAAACUCGCUCGAGGGUAAAUGUUUUUUUUUUUUUCGAAAGGAGUAGAUAGAGAAGUUUUUUUAGAAGACGGCCACCGAUGCAAUCGGUUGGCUAAUGCAAACUGCAAAUAUAAAAGAGGAAAAGUUCUAGUAAAUGCUGAUGAGAAUGAGAAACAGGACGAGGAACAGUAGGAAAAAGGGCAAACAAAUAACAAAAACACGCAUGCGAAAACAAAAAUCAUAUCUUAUAAGAAAAGGUAUAUAUAUUUUUUUUUUUUUUGGAAGAAAGAUAAUGAAGAGGAAAAGAUUUUAUGUGCGGUAUGUGCACGAUAAGUUGGAUGCGCAGAAAAGGUGGCAGCAGCAGCAGCAGCAGCAGCAGCAGCUCCACCGAUAGGUUUAUACGAUAGGUACUUAUAUGUGUAUUCAUAUAGAUAUAUAGGCCAUAUUAAUGCAAUUUUCUUUAAAAUGUAAGGGACAGCAACAAAAACUGCAGCACACAAAACAAACACAAAGAGCGAAAGCGAUAGCGAUAGCUAGCGAAGGAAACAAAGCGAGUACGACACGAAGUAAGAGAUGCAAAAGAAAAGGAGAAGAUGCAGAUUCUUUCUGAACGAAAGCACGAUAGCGUAGCACUUAGAAUGAUUGAUAUACAAUAUUGUAUACUAGCGGGUAAGAGAUGAUUUUUUUUCCCGGCUCAGUUUGAGGCGCAAACAAAGCCUGGGUAAAAAUCUAGGGUAAAACUCUUGAAAUGUUCGAUUCAGAUCAUACAUAAAUGUAAUUUUAAUUCUAAUUGUAAUUGCGUUAAUGCAACAGUUCAUAUCUAAUCGUAUGUGUGUGAAUAUGAAUAUUAUAGCGACACGCGUAUGUGCGCGUGGGUAUUGUAUAUCUAUAUGUAUGUAUAUUUAUAUUUAUAUGUAUGUAUAUGUAUUGUAUAUCUACAACUUAAAUGACUGAUUAUAUAUUUUCCCUCGAUUAAUUGUAUACUUACUUAUAUCUCCUUUUUUGUACUAGCCUAUGCAUUAACUAAGUUUAGACAACUUUGACGCAUUUUCGCAUGAAUGUGGGCAAUGCCGCGGCGUAAUGAGUGUGUAAGGUGUGAGAUCAAGGUUUUUCCAUGCUGAAAUCGAUUUUUUGAAAGUUAAUCCCUACU